AUUGUAGUAGAGUUGAAUGCAAUAACGAAGUCUAGGUGUGAACCCUUUUCCCAAAUUCCACCAUCAGGAGAAUUACCACGUAUCACGCGCCAUUCUAGGACUCACAAUUUAUUUUCAGAUGGAAGAAAGGAGACGGUACAUUUCGACAAAAUCACUGCUCGUAUACAGAAGCUAUCGUAUAGGCUGAAUAUGGAUUACGUCGACCCGGUCUUGGUAGCGAUGAAGGUUAUUGCUGGACUCUACAAAGGAGUAUCCACAGUGGAGCUGGACAACUUAGCUGCUGAAACUGCUGCUUCGAUGACCACUCAGCAUCCCGAUUAUGCCAUUCUAGCGGCUAGAAUUGCUGUAUCAAACUUGCACAAGAAAACCGGCAAGGUGUUCUCUGAGGUAAUGGAGAAGUUGUAUCAGUUCCACCACCCUUUAACUGGCGAGCACUCUCCAAUGAUAAGUAAGGAGACCUAUGACAUCAUCAUGAAGCAUGCAGAUAAACUGAACUCAGCCAUCGUUUACGAUCGCGACUUCUCGUACACCUAUUUCGGCUUCAAAACUCUGGAGCGUUCCUAUCUUCUGAAAAUCAACAAGGAGGCGAGUAUAGCUGUCGCCGAACGUCCUCAGCAUAUGCUUAUGCGAGUCGCUAUUGGAAUUCAUGGCGAGGACAUUGAUGCAGCAAUCGAGACAUACGAUCUAAUGAGUGAGCGGUACUUCACCCAUGCUUCACCCACGCUUUUCAAUGCGGGAACAAGAUGGCCACAACUCUCCUCUUGUUUCCUUUUAACAAUGAGCGAGGAUUCGAUUGCUGGCAUUUACGACACAUUGAAACAAUGUGCACUGAUCUCGAAGAGUGCCGGCGGAAUAGGUCUGAACGUGCAUAAUAUCAGAGCAACUGGAUCGCUGAUUGCGGGAACAAAUGGCACAUCCAAUGGCUUGAUUCCGAUGCUUCGCGUGUACAAUAACACUGCGCGUUACGUGGACCAAGGCGGUAAUAAGCGCCCGGGAGCGUUCGCAAUCUACCUGGAACCGUGGCAUGCUGACAUUUUCGAAUUUGUUGCACUGAAGAAGAACACUGGUCCCGAAGAGGAACGUGCCCGUGAUUUGUUCUACGCUCUCUGGAUUCCUGAUUUGUUCAUGAAGAGAGUGGAACGCGAUGAGGAUUGGUCGCUCAUGUGUCCUCAUGAAUCGCCUGGACUCCAUGAGUGCUGGGGAGAAGCCUUUGAAGAGCUUUACACAAAGUAUGAAGCUGAAGGCCGCUAUCGUAAGCAGGUUAAAGCUCGCAAGCUUUGGGAACAUAUCGUGUCUAGCCAGAUUGAAACUGGAACUCCUUACAUCCUAUAUAAGGAUGCCUGCAACCGAAAGAGUAAUCAGCAAAACUUGGGCACAAUAAAGUGUUCUAACUUAUGUACUGAGAUCGUGGAAUAUUCAAGUAAAGACGAAAUAGCUGUAUGCAACCUCGGCUCGAUCGCUCUUAAUAGGUUCGUCACAGAGGACAAGAAAUUCGAUUUCGAUAAAUUGCAUGAGGUGGCAAAGGUACUGACCCGUAAUUUGAACAAAAUAAUCGAGGUAAAUUAUUAUCCCGUUGAAGAAGCUCGUCGGUCUAAUUUCCGUCAUCGUCCAAUUGGUCUUGGAGUACAGGGUCUUGCUGACGCUUUCAUGUUGAUGCGCUAUCCGUUCACAUCUCCCGAAGCUCGCGAAUUGAAUAGAAGAAUUUUCGAAGUCAUUUAUCACGCCGCUCUUGAAGCAUCUUGUGAACUUGCCGAGAAAUACGGGCCCUAUGAAACAUACGAAGGAAGUCCCGUAUCUAAGGGAAUUCUUCAGUUUGAUAUGUGGAACGUGAAACCAUCAGAUCAGUGCGAUUGGGAUACUCUGAGACAGAAGAUCAAGAAACAUGGUGUUCGCAACAGUUUGCUGCUUGCCCCUAUGCCAACGGCGUCAACAGCUCAGAUUCUUGGCAACAACGAGUCCAUUGAGCCGUAUACCUCAAAUAUCUACAGCCGAAGAGUUCUUUCCGGUGACUUCCAAAUUGUCAAUCCUCAUUUGCUGAAAGACCUGGUGGAACUGGGACUUUGGGACGACGAUAUGAAGAAUCAACUGAUUGCUAACAGUGGCUCAAUUGCCAAAAUAGCCGGUAUUCCUGAUCACAUCAAACGCCUCUAUCAGACAGUGUGGGAGUUGCCGCAGAAGGAUAUAAUCGAAAUGGCGGCUGACAGAGGCGCUUUCAUUGAUCAAUCACAAUCAUUGAACAUUCAUAUCGCUCGACCAAGCUACGCAAAUAUCACUUCUAUGCACUUCUAUGGAUGGAAAAAGGGCUUGAAAACUGGCAUGUACUACUUGCGUACAAAACCUGCUGUGAAUGCAGUUCAGUUUACAGUUGACAAGGAAGCUCUGAAAGCGAAGGAACAAAAAGAUAAGGCGGCUGGUGAUGCUGCUCGAGCCAUGGCUUCAAUGAGCGUUCAGGAUGAAGGAUGUCUAAUGUGCUCCGGUUAA